CGGCGGGCAGGGCAGGCAGGCAGAGGCAGGCAGGGCUGGCGCUGGGCUGGCUGCUGGCUGGCACGCUGGCAGUUGCUGUCCGACCAGCGCCGUUCACGGCUGCCGCGACGCGCGCUCCGGGUCGAGCCGAACGAGACCCCCCGCGAGCUCCGGCCCCGACCGGCGUCGUGCGCCCCGGGGACACCGGUUGCUCGCCAUGGCGGAGUAGUGUGCGCGUGUGCCCAGUGUGGAUGUGUCGAGUGUGUGUCAUGUGUGAGGAGUAGAGUGAGACAGCCCGCGCGAUGCCGUUCGCGCUCCGGAAGGUGCAGCCCGAGUACGUGAGCCGGGCGCGGCUGCACGACCAGGAUGGCCGGCCCCUGGUCCAGGACGACGAGCUGGAGGCCGUGUUCAACCACACGUUGUGCCAGGCCAUCCGGCAGCUGUCGUCGCUGCUGGAGGCCGCCGACGACAUGUUCGCCGGCCUCACCAAGGAGAUGGCCGGCGUCACCACCCGGGCCGGCGCGCUGCAGGAGCGCAUCAAGAAGGUCCAGGAUCUCGUCGACGCCGAGGACCCCAGGAUCGUCCCCGUCCCGGAGGGCGACCUGUGCGCGUUCGCCGCGCUGCCCCGCGACGCGCACUUCUCGCAAGAGUCGCGGCGCCCCGUCACGCUGGGCCUGUUCUCGGCGGCGACGCGGCCAGCGGCGCUGCAGCAGCUGUACGAGGCGGCGAGCCGGCCCGCCCUGGACGCGCGCGCGCUGCAGCAGCUGGACCGCAUGCGGCGCGACGGCAAGACCACCUCCAACCUGUUCCUGUGCCGGCCCUACAGCAAGCCGGCCGUGGGCGAGGGCCGAGGCCGAGCGCCCCGCGCGCGCGGCCGCCAGGCCAGGCGCGACCGCGAGGAGACCCUGGAGAUCGAGACCAUGAAGCUUAGUGAUUUCAAAUGA